CAUUGGUCGCCUGGCUUCGCAUCUCCGCGCUGCAACCAACCAUUUCACUUGAGUUUGUAUCAUAAUUCGGAACGUACCAUCGCCUCUCCCAAGAGAGGAGUGCGACCGGAGGCUACCAAUAUUUGGACGCCGCUCCCUGUCCCCGUUGCCCUUCUCACUCCCUUAACCUCGGAGCGUGGCAGCGCGCGUGUUUCUUUAAGAAGCAGAGAGGACAAACUGGCCCCGUCUCCGUCCCUCGUGCCCAGCAGCAGCGGGUAACUGCUGCCAAGGUGUAUGCAAACCACUCGCGGCGGGGCUGGUGCUACUCUAUCACUCUCUCGCCCGGCAAGGAGAGCCUGGAGCGGUGCGUGCAACGCCGAGGACACUGAGCGCGCCCUGCAGAGAGCAGAAAGCUGGAGUGAGCAGGGCGAUCGCGCGGCAGCUGACCCGCCGCUGUGGAGUAGGGCUUGUCCAUGGCUUAACGCGCGCUGCGCGGACUUUCACUGGAACGGAGCGCCAGCAGCAAGCAGCAGUCAUGAACGGAGGGCAAAUUAAUCAUAUAUGUGGAUUAAAACAAGUGACUGUUGAUGAGCAAAAUAGCAGCCAAGAAGGCAGGCAGACUGGAAGGGGACAGCUGCCAAUGCACCAAGGAGAGCCAGUGGCUCAGCUGGAAGCAUGGAGGAAAGGAGUAAUGAGAAGAUGAACCAGGCCCAUGUCCUCUUUGACCGAUUUGUCCAGGCCUCAACCUGCAAAGGGACUCUCAAAGCCUUCCAGGAGCUCUGUGAUUAUCUAGAACUGAAGCCCAAGGACUAUCGUACUUUCUACCAUAAGCUCAAGUCCAAGCUUAAUUACUGGAAAGCCAAAGCCCUUUGGGCCAAAUUGGAUAAGAGAGGGUGCCACAAAGACUACAAGAAGGGGAAAGUAUGCACCAACACGAAGUGUCUCAUCAUUGGGGCUGGACCCUGUGGCCUGCGAACAGCCAUUGACCUAUGCUUUCUGGGAGCAAAGGUGGUGGUGAUAGAAAAGCGUGAUGCCUUCUCCCGCAACAAUGUUCUGCAUCUGUGGCCAUUUACCAUACAUGACUUGCGGGGCCUUGGCGCCAAAAAAUUCUAUGGCAAAUUCUGUGCAGGAGCCAUCGACCAUAUCAGUAUUCGUCAGCUCCAGCUAAUACUUUUGAAGGUCUCCUUAAUCCUGGGUGUUGAGAUCCAUGUCAAUGUGGAGUUCCAGGGGCUCCUCUACCCUCCUGAGGACCAGGAGAAUGAGAGGAUAGGCUGGCGUGCGCAAGUCCACCCGAAAACACAUCCUGUGUCAGAGUACGAAUUUGAUGUGAUCAUUGGAGGAGAUGGAAGGCGGAACACUUUGGAAGGGUUUCGUCGAAAAGAGUUCCGUGGCAAGCUGGCAAUUGCCAUCACGGCAAACUUCAUCAACCGCAAUACUACCGCAGAAGCCAAAGUUGAAGAGAUCAGCGGUGUAGCCUUCAUAUUUAAUCAGAAAUUCUUCCAGGAUCUGCGAGAAGCCACAGGCAUUGAUCUAGAGAACAUUGUCUACUACAAAGAUGACACCCACUACUUUGUCAUGACUGCCAAAAAGCAAAGCUUACUGGAUAAAGGAGUAAUAUUACAUGACUAUGCAGAUACAGAGCUGCUGCUUUCACGGGAGAAUGUGGACCAGGAGGCUUUGCUCAGUUAUGCCAGGGAGGCAGCCGACUUCUCAACUAAUCAGCAGCUGCCAUCGCUGGACUUUGCCAUCAAUCACUACGGACAGCCUGACGUUGCCAUGUUUGACUUCACAUGCAUGUAUGCCUCAGAGAACGCAGCUAUGGUUCGAGAAGUAAAUGGCCACCAGCUGCUUGUGGCGUUGGUUGGGGACAGUCUGUUAGAGCCGUUCUGGCCAAUGGGAACUGGAAUAGCCAGGGGCUUUCUUGCUGCCAUGGACUCUGCCUGGAUGGUACGAAGCUGGUCUCUGGGAACCAGUCCCUUGCAGGUUCUUGCAGAAAGAGAGAGUAUCUAUAGGUUGCUGCCUCAGACCACCCCUGAGAAUGUGAGCAAAAACUUUAGCCAGUACAGUAUUGAUCCUGUCACACGGUAUCCAAACAUCAAUGUCAACUUCCUGCGGCCAAACCAGGUACGUCAUUUGUAUGAUACAGGAGACUUGAAAGACAUUCACCUGGAAAUAGAAAGUUUGGUGAAUUCCAGAACACCAAAGUUGUCACGUAAUGAGUCAGUGGCUCGCUCUAGCAAACUCCUGGGCUGGUGUCAGAGACAGACAGAUGGAUAUGCUGGUGUAAACGUAAUGGAUCUUACAAUGUCUUGGAAGAGUGGCUUAGCGCUAUGUGCCAUUAUCCAUCGAUAUCGCCCUGACCUCAUAGACUUUGAUUCUCUAGAUGAACACAAUGUGGAGAAGAAUAACCAGCUGGCAUUUGACAUUGCUGAGAAAGAGUUUGGAAUCUCUCCCAUCAUGACUGGCAAAGAUAUGGCAUCGGUUGGUGAACCAGACAAGCUGUCUAUGGUCAUGUAUCUCACCCAGUUCUAUGAAAUGUUCAAGGACUCCCUCCCUUCUGGUGACAAUCUGGAACUGAAUGCAGAAGAAAAAGCUUCAUUAAUUGCAAGCACCAAAUCUCCUAUCUCCUUCUUUAGCAAAUUGGGGCAGAGCAUCUCUCGGAAACGAACACCAAAGGAUAAAAAGGAGAAAGACUUGGAUGGUGCAGGAAAGAGAAGGAAAACAAGCCAGUCAGAAGAUGAGGACACUUCCCGAAGCUACCGAGAGGAGAGGCCCACCCUGGUGAGUGCCCUGACAGAGAGAAGAAUUGAUGCCACCAUUGGGAAUCAGAAUAAAGUGAAGUCCAUGGCAACACAGCUACUGGCCAAAUUUGAGGAGAACGCCCCUGUGCCGUCCACAGGUAUCCGGAGACAGUCUGCCCAGCCUUAUCAAGACCGUGCUCUCAGCCAGCCUGCCUACCAACAGCGAGAGCAGGCCCGCCUUGCCCCAAUGCCUCAGUGGAAACAGAUGAGGAAAAAGGAGCGUUCUCGGACCUGCCCCAAAAAAGUGAUCAUGCUCUCUUCUUCCUCCAUUUGCACUUCUUCUCCAUCGUACCCCAGUCAGCAGACAAACAGGGAUCCUCAUGGAGACCCAGCUGGAGAACAGAGUCCCAGCCAGCAACGGAGAUCUCACCAGUUCUUUUCAGAUGACCGUGUGCCAGAGCGCACACUUACCAUUGAGCAGAGGGCAAGCCAGCUGGCUGCCCUCCUGGAGCAAAGGCCAACAACCAGGCAUCAGCCAGAAAUUGAGCGAGCUCGUCGAUCUGUUGUUGAGCAGUGGGAGCUCUCGUGUAGCCUCCGCUCUUCCAGCCGUCCUUCUUCUCCCUCUUCUGACUCCUUCAGACAGAAGUAUAUAAAGAUGUAUACAGGUGGCGUGAGCUCAUUGGCUGAGCAGAUAGCCAAUCAGCUCCAAAGAAAAGACCAACCCAAAACCCUUCUAGACAAGAAGGAACUGGGUUCAUUGAAAAAAGAAUUCCCCCCAAACGUGGGAGGCAGUGAUGUCUGUUACUUCUGCCACAAGCGUGUCUAUGUGAUGGAAAGACUGAGUGCUGAAGGCAAGUUCUUCCAUCGCAGCUGCUUCAAAUGUGAAUACUGUGCCACAACCCUGCGCUUGUCGUCUUAUGCCUAUGAUCUGAUAGAUGGAAAAUUCUACUGCAAGCCGCACUACUGUUACAGACUUUCAGGUUAUGCACAGAGGAAGAGACCAGCAGUGGGUCAUCUAUCAGGAAAGGACAACAAAGGGACCCAGCAGGACAACAUGGCAGCUGACGGCGCAGGACGUGCAAACGCCAUUUCAACAUUAUCAGAGAGGACCCCAGCUCCCAGUGUAAAUGGCCUAGAGGAACCCAGCGUCGCCAAGAGAUUGCGUGGCACACCGGAGCGGAUUGAGCUGGAGAAUUACCGUCUCUCUGUACAACGGGAAGAAGAAUUGGAAGAAGUCCCUGAGGAAACCUUGGCAGAGCACAACCUAAGCAGCGUGCUAGACAAAGGAACCGAAGAAGAUGUACCCAGCAGUAGUUCAGAAUCUGAGAUGGAGGAAGAAGAAGAAGAAGAAGACCAACAGCCACAACAGCCCACCUCUGACCUGGGAGGUGUUCCUUGGAAAGAGGCUGUGCGGAUACAUGCCAUGCUAAAGGGCAAGAGUGAGGAAGAGCUGGAGGCAGAGAAAAAACAUGACAAUGAGGAGGAGGAGGAGGAAGAGGAAGAGGAAGAAGUCUCUAGUGAAGAGGGAGAGUAUUACCCUUGGGAGAGAGAACUUCAGCAAGGCCUCUGGCUUCAGCAUCUCUCAAAUGAAGAGGACACGGGUACAUUUAAAGCUGGAAACCUGAGGCUGCAGCAGAUAGUAAAUCCGAUUGAUCCCCUGGAGAUCUUGGCAGAUGUGCAUUGGACACACAUCCGUCAGAAAGAGGAGGAGGAAAAACUGGGCCUUUCUUCUAAGUCCUCCACCUCCAGAGCAUCCGACCUUCCCUCCAUACGCCACGAGGCAGUGCAGGCGUGGCUGGAUGCAGUCCCAGGAGCACUGUGUGAGGAGAAUGACUACGAGGAUGAGGCAGGCACAGAGCCUGCAGAAGCCAUUGAAGAUGGGGACACAGGUGCCGAGUUAGAUGAUGAUGACAUCCCAUCUGAUGCAGAAGCGGAGUGCCACCCGCAUCAAGAAGAGGUGGAAGAACUAGAGCUGAAAAUCUCAGAAAAGGAAGAAGCAGAGACAGCUGCCCCUUCCCUUGAGGCAGAAGAUCCUUGCAAACCUUGUCUGCCUGACCAGUCGCCAUGUGAGAAGACUGUUCUGCUUACUCCAACUGAUAACCACAAGGAAGAAGAAAAAGAAGACUCAAAGGACCUUCUUGGAACAGUGCCCUGCAAAGAGAAAUCCCCAGAUGCACAUUUUUUCCCUGAACCAUUCCUCCCAGAAGAGGAGAGACAGGACAAGAUCCCCAGUGACCAAAAAGUUGAAAGCCCACCUGUACCGCUUUCUCCAAUACGGUCUCAGCCAGUUGCACUGCCUGAGGCUAUCACACCAACAUCACCCGUGAAAUCACAACCAGCAACGCCUGCAGUACCUACAUCUCCACCUGCUGUCCCCUUGCCUAUUUGUUCACAACCUUUACCCUCUAGCGAAGCAUCCAUUCCAUCUCCAGGGGAACCCGUAUGUUUCCAACCAGUCCCAGCCUUAACCUCCACUCCUUUGGCCAAGCUUGCCCUAAAAAGCCAAGAUGGAGAGAUGGAAAAAUUGGGGAGCCCUACCACAGCAGAAGAAGCUUUGAAAAGAAAUAACCUUGUGGAAGAGUUCUGGAUGAAGAGUGCUGAAAUCCGGAGGAGUUUGGGGCUCACCCCUGUGAACAGAAGCAGGGGACCAGAAUCGAACUUUACCAUUCCCCUACCUGAGUCUGCCCCCCUGAAAAUAUACACUCCUGAGCAUAUUUCAGAAGAAAAGGGGAUCCACCUUGUAAAACCCCAGUCAGCCCUGAAGAAGCCAAUCACACCAAAGCUAGACAACGAGCAGUUUUCUUUGCUUACGCCAAAAUCGCCAUCCAGUGAUGUUAAGAGAGAGCUGUCCAGCAGUUCGGGACUGGGUCUUCAGGGCAGUUCAUCAAACAUGAGAACACUGGCCAGCCAGAGUUUCAACACUUCUGAUUCCACCAUGCUCACUCCCCCAUCCAGCCCUCCACCACCGCCACCUCAAAAUGAAGAGCCAGCAACAUUGCGAAGAAAAAGGCACCAGGCAACUUGGCAGAAUGAGGAAGAGUCUAAGCCAGCUUCUAUGCAAACACCUCGCCCGCCACCAGCGAGCGAACGGAUCCGGCCAGCCAGGGAGUCAUCCCAGUCCUCCAGAGAGGAGGUGCGGAAGUCGUUUGUGGAGAGUGUGGAUGAGAUUCCAUUUGCGGAUGAUGUAGAGGACACUUACGAUGAGAGGACUGAGGAUACGAGCCUUCAUGAAAAAUACUACACCCCUCCCAGCAGGCCGAAGCCAGAGAAGCCUCUUCACCUACAUUUAGUUAAAAAGAAUGGUGGGCUGCCAUCAAUGGAAGGAGGAAGCCAGCAAAAGAGAGGCCUCCCUCAAGUCUCUGCAGAAGCUAAGGAGCUAGCUGAGGAAAGAAUGAGAGCCAGAGAGAAGUCUGUCAAGAGCCAGGCCUUGCGCGAUGCCAUGGCUAAGCAGCUAUGCAAGAUGAAAGAUCUGGAGACGGCUAAUGCUGCUGGCGCUGCCAAAUUGCGCAAGGCAUCUGCCAUGCCUUCAAAGACCAAAGAGCUGUUGUUUGAAUCACCAAAACAUUUGGCUACAAAAGCUGGUGAAGGCCCCACACUGAAACACGAGGCCAGUAGUGAAAGGUUCUUCUCACCCUUUACAGACGUCAGUGGGCGUGAUGGAUCGGUCACGUCCUCGGAAGGCUCUGGAGGGAAGAGUAAGAAAAGGACUUCUCUCUUCUCCCCCCGUAAGAACAAAAAGGAGAAGAAGUCCAAGAAUGACAGCAAGCUCUCUGACAAAUCCAGCAGUGCAGCUGAGGAAGCCACAAAGCCCAAAUCACUGUGGAAGUCUGUGUUCUCUGGUUAUAAGAAAGACAAGAAGAAAAAGGCAGAUGACAAAUCCUGCCCUAGCACACCUUCCAGUGGGGCCACAGUGGAUUCUGGGAAACAUAAGGCCUCUCCACUCAUUAGAGCAGCAGAUUUGCAACUGCGUCGACAUUUAAGCUUCUCUGAGGACUCUGACCUCUCCAACGAUGAUGUCUUAGAACGCUCUUCACAGAGAUCCAAGCGAGAGUUGAUUUACGUACCACAUGCCUUGGCGUUCAAGAGAUCAUGCGCAUCAAAGAAAGCAUACACGGAGGAUGAGCUCAACGCCAAACUGACCAGGCGAGUGCAGAAAGCUGCUCGCCGUCAAGCCAAGCAGGAGGAGUUGAAGAGGCUACACAGGGCACAGAUUAUCCAACGGCAGCUGGAGCAAGUAGAAGAGAAGCAAAGGCAACUGGAGGAGAGGGGGGUUGCUGUUGAGAAGGCUCUUAGGGGUGAAGCAGUUGAGCCCAAUGCCGGGACACCACGCCGUAGACCUCUCUCGUUCUGCCCUUGCUGUGCCCAUGAAGGCAUGGGGAAGAAGGACGACCCCAAGCUGAUGCAGGAGUGGUUCAAGCUGGUGCAGGAGAAGAAUGCCUUGGUGCGCUAUGAGUCGGAGCUGAUGAUAUUUGCUCGGGAGUUGGAGCUGGAGGACAGGCAAAGCCGGCUGCAGCAAGAACUUCGGGAGAGAAUGGCAGUGGAAGAUCACCUAAAGACAGAUGAAGAGUUGUCAGAAGAGAAAAGGAUCCUGAAUGAAAUGCUAGAGGUGGUGGAGCAGAGAGAUUCUCUUGUGGCCCUCCUUGAAGAGCAGCGACUCCGGGAGAAGGAAGAAGACAAGGACCUAGAGGCCGUCAUGCUGUCCAAGGGAUUCAACUUAAACUGGUCCUGAGCUUAGCACCACACUCAUCUGCUGAUGUGUGUUGUCUAGUUGGCAUGUGCCAAGUUAGCUGAAGCUGCCUGGAUGGAGAAGACAUCUUGGCAUAGAAGCCUUUUGAGGGUUCUUGCAGUACCUGAGUGCUUCUUCCUGAGACAGGUUGGGUCUAAAAGUGCUGAGGCCUGUGUGAGGUCUACAAACACGAAGCCUGAGGUGGUGACCUGAGGUUGUGUGCCUUCCUAAAGGACCUCUGCAAAGAGCCCAUUGAUCUUUUGUGAUCUCUUGAGAGCGGCUAAAAAUGAGAUGAAAAUAUUUUAUUUUUUAAAAACUUUAACCAAUCCAGGUGGGUUGUAGCUUGUCUGUUUCACAUUUACUCUGCUUGUUGUGUUCCUGUUCUUGUUUUUUUAAAAAAAAUACAAAGGCGAGAAGAAGUCCUUCGGAGAGCAAACCACUCAGUACCCCCAGAGCACACUGUGUUUAUGUUAAGUUCCUCCUCACCAAAGAAGCCUGAAGCUGCCAUUAUUGUUUGGGCAUGGAGGAACCCUGAAUUCAGAGAGGAAAGGACAGUUGGAAGGCUGACUGACUUGAAAUACUUGCGCCUUGUGGUUUGUACAACAGAUACAGGCCCAGCCGGAGUCGCUGUGUUUGCUGCAGCCUCCACAAAUUGCUUUUUUUCUAAGAACUGUGUGUAAGCCAUCCCCUCUUUGUCCUACAAUGCUCUGAACUGAAAGGCGCCAUUUUCCCUUCUCCAUUGACGUUAAGACUGUUCUGUUGUGAACCUUGUGACCAUUUUGACACUGGAAAGUGCUGACUAUGAAAACAGGUUAAUUAUGAAGCAUUUUAAGGGAACUCUUGGAUGACACCCCCUUGCUUCAAAAAUCCCCUCCCCAAAUGGACCCUCGAAGACUGUUCAGUGGGUUUUUGUUCUUUGCGUUUAGGGUAUAUAUGUCUAUCUAAAUUUUCUUUAUUAUUAUUUUUUUGCACGUCGGAAAUGAAGCAAAAGACUUACCCAGGCCCUUUAGUCACUUUUGAACCUUUAAUAUCCAUUAACUUAUUUUUUUAAUAAUACUUGAAAGAAGAUUUGGUUUUGUACCUUUUUAAGAAGUGUGCAGAUGUGUGAGUGGUAAAUCUGUGUGCCUGCUGCAUUCCCCGUCCUGUGUUUCUGUCCUUGUUUUUAAUUUGCUGGUCUCGUUUUCCCUGUGCCUAUUUAUUAGAGGUCUUAUUAAUGGUGUUACUGUUACACGCUACUUUUGAUGUGGAGAUGGUUUUAAGUCCCAGCCUAUCAAUUCUCCUUUGGACUUGUCCCUGCACCAAGUUGAAGGGACAAUCCCAGGAAAUAUGCAGGCAGGAUUUCCAAGUAGAAUGUCUUCUCGAUCAAAUUUCUGCCUCCUCAUGGGAAGAACUCACAAACUGAGAGUGGUGAUCUAUCUCCUGCACAUCUUCUGUUCCUGAAUGAUGACAAACCUGUUCUUGUUGUAACUACUGCUAUGUAAGGUUUUGUAAUUAGAAUUGUGGCAUUGUCACUUUUCCCCAUAAUAAAAAAACCAUACUGGCACCAUAAAAACCUGCCUCCAAGGGAAGGGAUUAGCACAAGUCUAACUGGUUCUGUCUCAGGCCUGCUUCUGGUUGGUUCAGGAAGGGAGCUGGUGGCUCUCACCUGAUGCAGUAGCAAACAGGACAUAACAGAAUAGACUCUUGUCCAUCACCAGCUGAGAGAGGUUCCAUAAGCACACUACAUCCUUCACAAUAACUUUCUCAAAGGUGCCGACCUGCAGCUUACGAAACUUUCCAUCCUUAAUUUUUUAGUUCCAGUUGGGCUUGGGCAAAGGAGGGGCGGGUGCCUGUCUCCAAAACAAGUCCUUUGCAGCACCUUAGGUUGCCAGAUUGAAUACAGAGCACCAUUCCUAUGCUCUUAAUUGUGUUGAAGGAAGAGUUUUCUCAGACUGCUUCUCCUAAGAGCAUUGCAGUAAUGUGACAGGAAAAGGUUUCCCUUUCUGUACAGUUCUUAAAGGCACAGGAGCCCUACCAGUUUGGCAACUGUACUAGCACUUUAGAGACUGCUAGGCAAAUCCUGAUUCAGCAGAGCUUAGGUCUUCCUUCCUGUUUUUGGCAGCUGCUUCCUCUGUAAGGACCUGUACUUCUUUCUGUUUUGAAGGAAGCCUAAAUUUCCACUCUUUGUACUUCAAGGAAAGUAGAAAUUAAUAUGGCUGCUGCUUUUUAGGAUUCCUCAAUAGGUCUUUCUUCCCAUGGAUUUCACUGUUACGCAUUUAGCCUGCAAAGGAGCUUCACAGCUGGCUAUCUUGUAGGAGGAAUGGACAUUAGACUCGCCAGGAAGCUGUGCAAGGGUUGCUUCAGAGCAUGUUUUUUCUUACUUUCAUUUAGCACGGAUCUGCAACCAUCCUAGCUCUGCUCAUGAACCAAUGGACUGGAUUUCUGCAAGCAGUGCCCUCCCACCCCAGGUCUCAACAAAGCAGUGGAGAGUGGCAAACCCCUCUCCUUCUAGGGUAGCCUUCCGCAGCCUCGUGGCCUCAAUGUUUGGGGCUACAACUGUGUUGGCUGGGGCCGAUAGGAGUUGUAGUCCAAAACAUCUGGAGGCCACGAGGUUGGGAAAGGUGUAUCUAGGUCACUUCUAUCUCACCUGGAAGAUUGGAAACACCUGUCUGUGAUUGGUUCUCCUGUGCCUUUCAUAGCAGCUUGGCAAGGAGAGCUCAGCAGGUACAACUCUCUCUGCCUCCUGCCAUUUAAGUGCUGCGCUUGGAAAAAGUGACCUUGUUGUUCAAGUUGUCCCUACCAGUUGCAUCUUAAGAUACCUGGGCAAAGGUUUCAUAACCUAGCAUGUGAAAAGUAAAAAGUAAAAACUUUUCCCAUAAUGAUGCUUAAAAAAUAAAGAGAAAAAAGGAUCUAGGUGAGAGUUUUUCACAACAUUACAAACCAUUUACAAGUGCUAGGUCUUGGCAGCAUUUUCAUAUAUCUAGGUCAGAAAAAGUAGAUGCAAGAAAAGGGCAUCUCCUUUUUGAGGUAGCCUAUUUUAGCAGGGAUGAUGAAGGAGCCGUGAAAGGGAGGAAAAAAACAUGUACCCUUUUCUUCUCAUUUGUGAUGUGCUUCCUUUCUAAAUGUUGAAAAAAUCUUUUUCUAAAUAUCAGGAAUAUAAUUUCCCUGCUCUAUUCAGUUAAGAACAUUAAUCCAUGUCCCUAGUACCUGCUGAGAAUUUGAACUUUAAUUUCUUCCUAUCUGUAAUUUAAAAGAUUACUUUGCCCCAAACUUAGCUUCCUUUUAGAAGAGGGUAGGACAAAAGGGGGACCUGAUACUUCCUAUUUUUCAAAAAACACAUGGCUUUUAAUGUCAUAAAUGGUAGUCAAAGGUGCACUCCCUCCAGUUCUUGUUCUUUAAUUUCUUUUCUCUCCACUGUUUAACAAUGAAAAUGUUGCCUUCAGGAACGAAAAGGGCAGCUACUCCACUCUCCUAAAAACAUCUGGACCAGCAUUCAUAAUAUUCAAAUAACCUUGUCAUGCCAACUCCUGGAAUUAAUACAGUGAACUCUGUGACCUUUGUAUUCAUACUGAAGUCACAAUUCUUCCCUGGGAACUUCUCCUGUGCCAGACCCACUACAGAAAAUGGGAGCCGUGCCACAGCACGGUUACAUAAUCCCCAUUAACUUCUCUGGGGUUUGCACAGAGAAACCUUCUGAGGUAUUGUCUUAGCUACUGUUCUGUAGACAAUAUUGCUAAAUUCAAGAAAUGAGCCAUAUUUGAAUAAUAGUUUUUCUUACUUUAAUUCAGCCAUAAAAUCAAAAUCCCUUUUCUUCAGGGAUUUGCAUAGGUUCUUCUGACGUUAUGUGAUAGGGAGAUGAUAAAAGUCCCGUCAGCCCAUUUUGAGGUUAAUCUUGAAAUGGAGCAUUUGCUUUUUGGCUUUACUGUCCAACCAUAAGACCUAGUCUCACAAGCAGUGGCUUACAUGGCUUCCUGCUUCCUGCCUUCAGGCUUUUGUAAUUAAUCCAUUUUGAGUCUAGCUGCUUUGUAGGACUGGCCACUAAAAUAUUCAAGUUCCAUGCCAGGUCUUUUAAGUUUUUGGUUAUUUCUUCAUCUUGCUAUUCUGAAAGUCACCUGUGAACAGUAUUUUCUGUGCUCAUUAAGAGGUGACAGACUUUGUUUGCUUACUAGAAAGUGUUAGAUCCAAAUUCUAAGCUAUUUCAUGAAACAAAAAAAUGUAAAUUUGUGUAGUUUCUCUGUCCUUCUGGUAGAUCUUUUGAGCCCUAUUGAUCUCAUUUAUUUCAUCUUCCAGUAGCCAGUUCAUACUUAACAUGGUUCAAAGUAGGCUUUGCAGGAUGGGGCACCAUAAAUGUGAAGGGUAGUUUGAACCACAAAGUAUACAUUGAUGUGGAAUGGCAGCUCUGUCAAUCAAUAGGUUAUGCAUGGAGUUUAACCCUUCUCUCCUACCCCUAAUUUGUGUGUGAAUAGUGCUGGUGUUGCCCUAAAUUCUUAGUAUAAAAUAUAUCCUGCUGUUAUCCAUAGUUUCCUUCCAAGGGACUAGGGAUUUCAAAACAUGCAUCUCAGUUGCACUCCUGGAAAAAAACUCUGUUCCUCCCAGAAAGUGCAGGCUUAAUUCUUUUUUUUUAACUGACCUUUUUUUUAGGGGAGCUGUGAUCCCAAGAACCGGGCACAUCUUCCAAAGCCGCCACCUUCAUUCCUCGAGUAAUUGACAACUGCCCCAUCAUCCCUAUCCCAAUAAUAAACUGAUCUACAGCAAUAGGGUAUUGAAAUGUGACAUGAUAUCCCUUCAUAUCUGAAUGCAGAAGAGUCACUAAAAUUUUAUUUUGUUUUGACCAUGAUUAUGAACUGAGGAAAUGGAGCUAUAUUGGUGGCAAUAUGCAUAGUGUGUGCAUCUCUUUGGGUGAAGUGUUGUGAAAUGGCAUCUUGGAUUUGAGUGCUGAUGCCCACAUUAGAAAAAUGCCAUUUCAAAACAGGAAAGGCUAGAGGUAGAAAGUGGUAAUAAGUUUUAAAACCCUCAUCCACUUCCUUUCACAAGCUUAUUGAAAUGUCAGCACUAAAAAAGCUGCACAGAAAGCUAUCAAAACAGCACAAGCAUGAACUGGAAUGUUGUUUGAGAAGAUUUGAUGGCGAAAGGAUACCAUGCAAGGCAUUUGUUGAAUAUUAAGAGAUUGAAAGAUAUUGAUGUUACACUGGCAGAAUUCACACCACAUAUAAUCCUAGAGCAAGCAGGAUUUGUAUGUUCAUGGGUGGUUCUAGGAUGAGACUUUGGAGGCUUUUAGGAGAACUGCUGCCUGUUCUUAGCAUCUAGGACAGACAGGCGGCUAACCUCUGGCCUUUCUAUUAUUACUGGACUACAUUUCCCAUCAUUCCUGAGUAUAGACCAUGCUGGUUCGGGCUGGGGGGAGUUGGAGUCCUACAGGCAUCUGAAGAGCCACAGGUUAGCCAGCCCUAAUCUAGGAAGGAAAAGGAACAUGUUACUUCAGUUGUCUUGAUGGAAGCUUAGGCAGCAUGUUCUACAUCCCUGAAGACCAACAGGAAGGAUAUGGUAAAAAGCUGAGAAUAAAAAUUAAGCUUCCCUUUGUCUAGGAUGGGGCUACUCUUUCAGUUGUUAUAAUUCGGUGUCUACUGUUCUUGCAUGAUGGUACCAGGAGCAUUAAUUGUAUUUGCUCUUCUACUUUUAACAUUUCCUGUAGUAUUUUGUGUUCAUUGUGCUUAGCCUUGCAGUCAAUCAAAAGGUUUGUGUGUUUAAAUGCAGUGUCUGGCCCUCCUUUUAUGACACGGUGCUAAUGCAGAAGUAAGAAGCACACUUGUUGCACCCUCUGGGUUUUUAAACUUAAAAAAAAAAUAUGCACCAGAUUGAGAGCAUUUUAGAGCAUCCACAAUUAUGUCUAGAGUUGCCUGAUCUACUAGCAUAAAUUCUUUUUAAGGCAAAAAAAAGUUGAUGACCCCACUCCCUUAGUUUGAAUUUAAGAAAACAUAUAGAACAGAAUGUUUACGUUUGAACACUGAAAGGAAAGUGGUGUAUUAGUUUUCAACCUCAUGUUAAAAAAAGAGAGGAAAUGCUGUGUUUGCAAUAAAACAAAAAAUACCAGCCUGUUUUGAUAUGAAGAGGUAGGGGAGGGAAUCUCUCUCUUGAGGCACGAUAAGAGGACAGAUCAUUUCCCGAGAAUUUCUGCCAUUGCGGCACUUGUAAGGAUAUUUCAUAAGCAAGAUAGAUAGAUGAGUGUCAAUAAAACAAUAGGGGGAGGGGAUGUCAUGUUUUGAUGGCAUUGCAGUAAUUUCAUUUUUAUAUAUAAAAAAGUUCGUAUGUGAAAUCCAGUCCCAAGGAACUGUGGUAUCUUCCCUUUGGGACAGGUGGGAACUCUGAUACGCAGACUGUUUUAUUGUUGGCGUGUGUGCAGCGUAACAGGAAAUUGUGUACCGUACCUGUUUUCAUGUCUCCAGCCCAACCUCUCCCUCCCCCAUUUUACUUCCCAUUUUGGAUUGCAUUUCCUUCUGUAUGUUCUUAUGCACACUUGUUUUGUUGGUGUUGAGAGUUUAGCACUUCAGGCCGCCAGCAGAACUAAAAGGAAAAAAAAAUAAAAGUCAUUAAUUUUUUUCUUA